AAGUGGAGAGUGAAGCCAAAAUCAAGUCAACCAUUUCUCACUCAAUCCUUCCAUAAAAAAAAAUGUCCAUUUUCAAUGGAGGUUAUCUCCCUCAAGAACUCUUAAUCAACAUCUUCUGCAGAUUACCUGCAAAAUCCAUAGGCCAAUUAAGGUGUGUAUCAAAUCCAUUAAAUUCAAUUCUCUCUAAUAAACAAUUCCUCAAAUCUCACUUCACAAGAAUCCACUUUCAAGAGCCUGAAAAACUCAUUCUUUUAUCAAAUUCCCACUCUUUUCACACUAUAACCUUCAAAAACAUUGGUGUUUUUUCAAAUUCCAUCAAUUUUCAGCAAACCCCAAGUGACCAAUUUGUUGAUGUUUGUGGAUCUUGUAAUGGGUUGGUCUUGAUUUUGAAUAAAGAUGACACUAUAGUUGUAAUAAACCCCAUAACCCUAGAUUGCAAGAAAAUCCCAAAUUCCCCUUUUGCUCUUGAUCCAGUUGGUAGUUUUAGUAUGUAUGGAUUUGGGUAUGAUUAUGUUAAUGAUGACUAUAAGAUUGUUGUGAUUUCUCGUUAUGACCAUGAUAAUGAAUAUGAGCCUGAUGUUUUAGACAUGUUUAUGGAUAUUUACUCAUUAAAAGUUGGAUCUUGGAAGAGGAUUAAGAGUUCACCUUAUGAUCAUGCUGUUCCUGAGCUUGCUUCUGGUGUUUUUGUGAAUGGUGCUUUGCAUUGGCUAGCUAGUAAAAAGCCAGAUUAUGUAUCUGUUAUUGGUGCUUUUGUGUUGAGUGAUGAGGAGUUUGUUGAAGUUCCAGCUCCUAAGAGUCUUGAUAAAGAUAAAUUUGUGUUCAAUAAACUUGUGGUGCUUAAAGGGUGUCUUUGUAUGGUUGUUGAUAAUCUAGAGGGUUAUGGUAAUAGAAUUGAUGUUUGGAUGAUGAAGGAGUAUGGUGUGGAGGAAUCUUGGACAAAGUUUUGUGUUGAUGGAAUUGAUUUUUAUGACUUUUUGAAACCUUUGUGUUUUAUAAGAGAUGAUGAAGUUGUGGUGAAUGUGGAUGGGGAGAAGUUGAUGGUUUAUAAUUUGGAAGAAGAGAUAUCAAGGGACUUGGAAGUUGAUGGAAUUCUUGGUAGGUUUGAUAGUGUUGGAACUUUUGUGGAGAGUUUGGUGUCUCCCGUCGAUCCCAACUUGUUUGAAACAGAGGCGUAGUUAUUAUUGUUAUACUCUCGUACUUCCUCAUUUCAACGGUCUUUUUUUCAAAGAAAUGAGGGGACCAACAAAGGGUGCAGACUACGGUGGAAUAGUAUAAGUUCUUCCAACCUUAAUCAAAAGUAUCAGAUUUGAGUCUUCACAAUGGAGUUUUUCUCGAUAGGGAGCACUAAGAUCUCCAUAAUAGAUUU